UUAAAAGCGCGGGGUUGAAAUAUAAUUGAUAUAGAUUAUUGCCACCCUUGCCAGCAUCUACAGCAAGUCCAUCAGCAACUUCCCCCUAUGCUGGCGACCACCACCACCACCACCUUACACCCACUUCCUUAAUUCUCUCUUCUCUUACGCCAUGAGAGCAUUACUCUUCAAAUAUCUUCGAAAAAACCCAGUUUAUUUACACCAAUUACCUGAAUCGCCAAUCCAAUUUGGCCCAUUUAAUCACUUCAUUCAAAGAAGAUGGAAAAAACCCGCGAAUACUGCUCAAACGCGGUUAGAAAGUCGAACCCGGGACCUUAAACUUGAUUUACUGACAUCCCAAAUCAGGAAACUCAAUAUUGCACUCCACCUGUUCGACUUAAUGUCUCAGAGAAGACGCCAUUAUGUUUCUGUUCAAAUUAUGUCUCGUUGGAAUAAUGUAGUUGGUCUUAAUCUUAGUAUGGGUGAUUUUCUUGGUAAUUACCCGCAUGUUUUUGAUGUUUUUACGCACCCUGUUAGGAAGAAUGUGUGUUGUAGUGUUACAAGAAAGAUGAUGGCUUUGAUUGAGGAAGAGAGGGUUGUGAUGGAGGAGUGUGAAUUGGAUAAUGUUAAGCGGGUUAAGAAGCUUUUGAUGAUGUCGAAAGAGGGAAUGCUUCAUUUACAUGCCUUACGAUUGGUGAGGCGAGAGUUGGGGUUGCCAGUGGAUUUUAGAGAGUCGAUACUAGGAAAGUAUACCGAUGAUUUUAAGUUGGUUGAUCUUGAGGUUGUGGCUUUAGUUGAGAGGGAUGAAAGUUCGGGAGUUGGGGGUGUCGAAAAGUGGAGGGAAAAGGAGUACAAGGAGAAAUGGUUGAGUGAAUUUGAGACUAAGUAUGCAUUCCCUAUAAAUUUUCCUACAGGUUAUGUUAUAGAGAAAGGUUUUAAAGACAAGCUAAAGAAUUGGCAAAGAUUGUCUUAUGUGAAACCUUAUGAAAAAGAGGUUAAACGGAGUCAUACUAAAGCUGGGAUUGAGCGUUUUGAGAAAAGAGUUGUGGGAAUUUUACAUGAGUUUCUGAGCUUGACUGUUGAGAAAAUGAUGGAUGUUGAAAGAUUUGUACAUUUCCGGAAGGAUUUGGGGAUUGAAGUUAAUUUUCGCGAACUCUUGUUAAAGCACCCUGGGAUAUUCUAUAUCUCUACUAAAGGUGACACUCAGACAGUUUAUCUUAGAGAGGCAUAUAGCAAAGGUGAAUUGAUUGAAUCUAACCCGUUCUAUAAUGUCCGAAGAAAAAUGAUGGACCUCAUGUUGCUCGGUAGGCGCAAUACUAAUGAGUUAAAGGCUGACAAAGCAACUUAUGAGGAGAAGAGAUGUGCAGAAACUGAUAAGAUUGUGGAAGGGACAAAAGAUGGAGACUGGGUUAUUCCGCUGUUAGAGAGAACUGAUGAUUGAAGUUUCUGUGAAUGCUGGUUUGAAGUUCUGAUUUUUGCUGGUCAUCCUUUCAUUAUAUUACUAUUCAUAUCAGAAUGGUUUUGGAAUAAUCUGGAGCAAUGAUGUAGACAAGCUUUAUUUAAGUCAAGGCACUAUAUGGGAGGCUGUAGUCCAGAUGAGGCAACUAUUGAUGUUAUCCUUUGCUUGGAAACCAUUUCUGAUCUCAAUGAAGAUGCAAAAGUUCAUGGAUGGAUUUCUAACUUUGGUAUUGGUACAAUCCCUGAAGAUUUUAGCAGCCUGCUUGGCUAGGUAACCUAACUGGCACAACAACUUUUAUAUUAGAAUGUAAUUAAUUUCCAUAUUGUCUGUUUCCAUGUUGUCUGAUGCCGCCUGCUUUAAUACUUUGUAUUAGUUUAAUGGGUGCUCAAGUACAAAUAGUCCGAAUGUAACUUUGUAGAACCUUCAAAUGAUCAUUUAUCUUGUUACAAAUAUUUAUCGAUGAAAUUUUGGCUUCAAGUUUGGGAAUAUGAUGACAAGUAUGAAUAUAAAUGUUCCAUGGUGGAUAUUUGACUAGAGCAAACGUGGAAGAUAAUGCUACAAAGUCUAGGAUGAUGAUAAUGCGAUUAUUUCUCAUGAUGAAACAUUUGGUAGUCAAUGAUGGUAAAUGGUUCGUGUAGUAUUGGAAGGAAAGUCACAUGCCAAAGUUCAUGUUAAUGUAACUCCGUCUCAAAUUGGUUUUGAAGAUUUAUAAAGAAUAUCACGUAUUUUGGGCUGGAGUUGCAUGUUGACAAUGGUAUGGAACCUUCCUUGCAAAAUUUCACACAAAUCCAUGAGCUAAUUCACUAUUUGUCACUGUCCACUGAUUUGUUGAAACAAGUUCCUAUUAAUCCUAUAUCGUGCCCAAAGUAAAUACAAGGCUGUGCCUAGAAUAUCUAUAAAGCUUUGAUUAAGAUAAAAUAUUUUACUGCUUUUGGCUGCAAGUUUUAUUUCCGUGUACAAUAGAGGAGUUAGUUUCAAAUAGAUUUUCAUCUUCAAGCAGUUAUUGUUAAGUGUUUAAUUUUCAUAUUUAUGUCAAAAUAUUCAAGAACAUAAUCCAGCUGGUGUGAAAACUCUUCAACCUUGUAACUCAGUUUAUAUAAAAUUUAAUUCUGAUUAUAGCUAUGUUUGGAAGGUAUUACAGCGAUACAACCUGAAGGUGAGUGGAAAUGCUAUGCUAUGAAUUCUAUCCCAAAUUAUUAAAAUAAAUUAUCCUAAAUAUUGAUUAGCUUGUUAAGAUCUCUUAAGAGUGGAGAAUAGUUAGAGAUUCUUUAACUUGCUUUAAAAGCUUACCAAAUGCUUGCAGAUCUAAUUGUCAAUUUACGAACAAAGUUGGUAGGAAUAACUUAAACCAAGGCGAUCCUGUAUAUGUAUCAUGCAUUUAUUGGUGUUGACUUAAAUAGUGCAUAAGAAGAUUUGGGACGGAGAUACCUCUUGUAUGAGAUUGCGUUUUAGUUCUCACGUUUCAUUAAUUAUUCUACUCUUUAUUAAUGACAGUUGUUGCAUUUAAGAGUAGUUGUGAUUUAACUUCCUUUGUGCUCUAGACCAUCCCACUCCUUCAAGCUAUGAGUAUGCUACUUUUAAGAAUUUUUUUGGAAAAAACUGUGUACUUAUCAAUUUAUCAAUGGGGGGGGGGGUGA